GUGCGGCGAGUGGUGUGUGGCGGCAGUAGCACCUGCGCUUGCCGCCUCUCCUCCCUCACAAACUGGCCCCGUGGGACGACUGCGGAGCAUGGCAAGCGCAGCGGCAGCAGCACCGACCCCUGCAUCUGCCGCCUCUCCUACUGCAGCAGCACCGGCUCCUACUCAAACUGCAUCAGUGGGGCGACUGCGGAGUGACUUCCUCAACCGCUUCCAGCAGCAGCCUGAGAAACUCCCUUGUGCCUCCUUUCAGAUCUCCACAGCAGCAGCAUCAGCAGCUGUUGGCCGUGUCUCCUGGAGGUGGCAGAGGAGGGAGCAGGUGCAGCAGGUGGAAAAGAAGGAGAAAGCGCAGAGGGACAAGAUUCGGAAGGGGAGCAAACAGGAGGAAGAGCAGGAGGAGGAACAGGAGGAGGAGCAGGAGGAGGACUAUGAAGAGUAUGAGGAGCAGGAAGAGGAAGAAGAGGAAGAGGAGGAGGAAGAGGAGGAGGAGGAGGCAAGUGAAAAAGAGAGCACAAAACAGCAGCCCGAGGAGCAAGCCAGAGGAGAAGGAAGAGGAGGAGGACGAGGAAGCGAGGAUAAAGCGGCAGGAGCAGGAGGAGAGGAACGCGGAGGAGCAGCGUGCGCUGCGGCUGCGUGUGGCGAGCAUGAAGCGGUUCAAUGCGGUGCUGGGGGAGCUCAGAUUCCGCCAGGGCAUCCGCGAGGAGGGGGAGGGGAGGGCGGCACAGGGGGGGGCGGAGGGGGAGGAGCAGGGGCGGGUGAGGGGAGCGGGACGGGCGCUGUCUGGGGACAGGAGGUGGAGGUGCUGUGGGGCAAGCGGGGGGAGCAGCAGCAGGAGUGGCUCCUAUUGCGCUUCCGGCCAUGGCAGGUGCUGCUGGUCGGCAGCAGCCCGAUCCUCACAGUCCGGGCAAGCGAUCGCAGGAUGCUGUCGCUGGUGGCGUCACAGGGCCUGCACGUGCCGGCCAGUGCAGUGACUCGCGAGAUCAUGGGCUCACAGGGGGGAGUGCCGGCUGGGGGCGAGCCGCAGUAUGGUAUCCUGGGACAUAAUGCUCACUCACCCGUGUUGCUUCCCUUACCCCCCUUUCAUUGCUUGCAGCGAUCGCGUAUGCUGUCGCUGGUGGCGUCACAGGGCCUUCACGUCCUGGCCAGUGCAAUGACUCAGGAGAUCAUGGGUGCUCACAGGGGGGAGUGCUUGGUGUUGCGCGUACCUCUUAACCAUCCCUUCCAUCUCCCAAUCUUGUGUCUCUUCUCCCUCUCCCCCCCUUGCAGCGUUCACUGGAUGCUCUCUCUGCGUUCACGGAUGCUCUCUCUGGUGGCGUCACAGGGCCUGCAUGUGCCGGCCAGUGCAGUGACUCGAGAGAUCAUGGGACUCACAGGAGGGAGUGCUGGUGCUGCUGAUACCUGUUUACCAUUUCUCCUCUCUCUCACUCUUCGCAUCUUCCCUUCGAACUUGCAGCGAUCGCGGAUGCUCUCUCUGGUGGCGUCACAGGGCCUACACGUCUCGGCCAGUGCAGUGACUCGCGAGAUCAUGGGACUAACAGGGGGGUUGCUGGUGUUGCGCGUCCCUCUUAACCAUCCCUUCCGUCUCCCACUCUCGGUGUCUCUUGUCCCUCCUCCCCCCCCGUCACAGCGGUCACGCAUGCUGUCGCUGGUGGCGUCACAGGGUCUGCAUGUGCCGGCCAGUGCAGUGACUCGGGAGAUCAUGGGGCUCACAGGGGGGGAGUGCUGGGCUGGGGAGUCGGAGCAUGGUGGUUCGGGACAGCAUGGGGCGUGCGGGAGGAGGUGGUUUUAA